CCCCACUUCUUCCCCUACAGGACGCUGCACUACCUCUAGCAGACAUAGGAUGCUGGCCCUGCUGCUGCUGCCCCUGCUGUGGGCUGGGUCCCUGGCCCGGGAUCCAGGUUUCAGUCUCCAAGUGCCAGAGUCGGUGACAGUGCAGGAGGGCCUGUGUGUGCUGGUACCCUGUUCCUUCUCCUAUCCCCAACAUCGGGGGCAUUACAACCUGCUGCAGCCGCUCCACAUCGCCUGGUUCUGGGAAGAGGACAACGUCUUCUAUGAUGAUCCCGUGGCCACAGACAAACCAGACCGAGAAGUGAAGACAGAGACCAAGGGUCGAUUCCACCUCGUUGGGGACACCAAGACCAACAACUGCUCCCUGAGCAUCACAGGAGCCAGGAGGGAGGACAGAAGACGUUAUGUCUUAUAUAUUGAGAGAGGAAAGGAGAAAUACAUUUACAGGGAGAAGCUGAACUUGAGGGUGACAGCCCUGACAGAGAAACCCAUCAUCCACUUGGAGGAGCCUCUGCAGGCCGGCCGCCCUGCAAAUCUGAGCUGCAGCCUGCCAGGGUCUUGCCGGGGAGGAGGACGGAUCAGCUUCUCCUGGAUAGGGGACGUCAUCAACUCCAUGGACCCUAGGACCCUCCGCAAGCCAGGGCUCGCCUUCACCCCACGGCCUCAGGACCAUGAUACCAACCUCACCUGCCAAGUGAAACUGGAAAGACCUCUGCUGACCACAGAGAGAACUGUUCAGCUCAGUGUGUCCUAUGCUCCACAGAACCUCAGCAUCAGCCUCUUCUUCAGCAAUGGCACAGUCCUCAGGAUCUUGACCGGAGGCCUCUCAGUGCCUGUCAUGGAGGGCCAGUCCCUGCGCCUGGUGUGUGAGACUGCCAGCAACCCUCCUGCCUCACUGAGCUGGUACCAGAAGGCAAAAGCCCAGGGUCAUUCCCAGAUAUCAGCAUCUGGGGUCCUGGAGCUGCCCUCUGUGGAGGAUGGAGAAUUCACCUGCCAGGCUCAGCACUCACUGGGCUCCCAGCACCUUUCCCUGAGCCUUUCUGUACAGAAAAGUUCCUGUUCCUGCCUGUGUGCAGUUGAGAAUCAGGAGGGUUCCUGGCCCCUGGUCCUCACCCUGAUCAGAGGGACACUCAUGGGAGCUGGCUUCCUCCUCACCUAUGGCCUCACCUGGAUCUACUAUACCAAGUGUGGUGGUGCCCUCCAGCCCAAGAAUGUGAAGAGUCACUGAGCCAUUUCUCAUCACUGGGGACUAAGGCCGCGUCACAGAGCCGUGAGGUACAUUCCACCUGGGAACUCUCCACUCAGAGCCAACAGAUGCCUCUGCACCCCGUGGACCGCAGUCCCUGCCUACUUACCCACUGAUCUGUACGGAUCCCACCUCAGUACACUGCAUCUCCACCACCCUUUCCCUCCCACCUUGUCUUACUCGCUCCCAGCCCUGUGAGAGGCAUGAAAUGGGCACCCUACCCCACAUGACCAAGAACUCAUGUUACCACUUGAGUCUCUGGCCCCCCAACUUGCCUAUCAGUGUAGACAUGGAUGUAUGUCCAGUCAUGAGCAGAACUUUUCCUUUGCAGUUGAAAUGCCUACCUCAUUAAAUUACUGU